UUAACACUGAGUUUUUUAAAAGGGUCCUGUCACUAACAACAAAAAAUAUUUAUGUUGUUAAGAGCCGGCAACAAAAGACGGGCGACAUCGCGUCUUCGCCAGAACAUCUGCAAUUCUGCAUUUAUGUGCGAAUGGAUCCAUUAUAAACAAAUUAUCUGAGCUAGUGACCUGUGAGUGAGCUGUGUAGAGCUGUCCAGUGAGAAUAAGUUCGUCCCAUGGUUGAUGCCUGCGGCUUAAAGCAUCUGUACUUGUUGAUGCUGUUAAAGUUGGUACUACAGACAUAGUCACCAUGUAAUAAGAGGAUACCAAUGACUCACCAGUUUUCAAGACUUUUAAUACGAAGACAAGGAAAUAAACCAGCUGCAUCAGAAGUUCUGAAUGCAUACUUAAUACAAUGUAAAAAGCCACCAUGGACAUCUUACUUUGUGAAAUACACCAGUGUUUAUGAUGACCAAUGGGGCCAGUCGCAUUUUAACUGGCCAGUUCAAGAAACAAAUUAUCAUAUUCUCCGCACAGGAUGUUAUCCUUACAUAAAGUAUCACUGUACAAAGAGACCAUAUCAAGAUCUUCAGCUUGAAGAUACAUUCUUUCGUUUUAUAAAGAUUGCUAAUUUAGGUGUGUGCAAAUUCUACACCACGUAUUGUGAACUGCUACACAACACAAGAGAAAUCUCUUUGCCUAAGAAGGUUUCAAGCUAUCACCACACCAAAUUUCUUCGAAAAUGGUUCAGCGGUUUAGUCAUGAAAACUUAUUACCAUAAUUACUUUUGCACAUAUUAUAUUAUGGUGUGGAAGUGGGAAUUCAACACAUUGAGGACUGAAUAAGCAUUCUAUCCAUUAUGUUGAAUCUUAUUAUGUAGAACAAAUCAAUCAAUAAAUUUCAAAAGUCAAGCAAUAAAUAGCUCCUUCAAAAAGUAAUAACAAUAUUAUGGAAAGGACAGUUGCUACUCGCUAUAUAGUGGCAGUGCUGAGUUGCAGAUAGGCACAAUGAAAAGAUGGUGAAACCAAGCUUUUGGCCUUGGCAACCAGAGAUUGUGGUCAUGUGCAUAUGUCAGUUGCAUUUGCGUGAGUGUAUGUGUGUACCUUGUCUAUUCUGAUGAAGGCCUAUUUGGCCGAAAGCUUUAUUUGACAGUAUUUUUGUUGUGUCUAGCUGUGCCUCAGCAUCUUGGCUAUAUGAUGAGUAGUGACUAUCCUUCUCAUAAUAUUGUUAUUAUUCUCUCCUAGAUUUUUCAUUGUUUGAUUUUUCAAAGAGUAAAUAUUGUAC